AUGUUUGGAGGUGGCACGGCCACUAGCAAGGACUUUGCGGGCGCACGGGCUUCUUGGACCGUGGGACAAGCCUACCGCAGCUGCGGUCGGAGCGACGACUUCCGAAGGGCCACGGAGUUCCAGCAGAAGCUGCGGGUGGAGUUGGAGGCAUCCUGGGAAGAAUGCGGGCUAGAUUCCCUAUCCAGCAUUGCGUUCGCUCGGCGGCUUUCGGACACCUUUGACCUGUCUUUCGACGCCACUACCUUCUUCGACUUCAGCUCGCCAGCGCUGUUGGCACAAAGCGUUUGGGACAGUCUUACUUUGCAUCCUGGACGAGAUGGUUGGGGGACGCUUGUGAAGUGCACGUACUUGGUGAUGCGGCGCGUAAAGGAUGCUGGAGGUGUUCGAGAUGUUCUGUGCGUCUUCCAUGUAUUGGACGCAAACAUGGACGUGCUCACGGACGACCUCCUCCUGGCUGAUCUGAGUUUGGUGAAGUCGUACAUGCCCCGAUCCGACCGCAAGCUGACUUGUCCAAUCAUCGGCAUUCAUGCGAAUGAUGACGUCCUGGUCCCUUCUUCAAGAACUGUAGCAGCAUGGUCAGCAUACACAACAAGAGCCUUUAGCAUGCAUCAAAUAGAUGGUACUCAUUUCUUUUUCUUCAGACCUCCUGCUUCAUUUGUUGUCCUUCUGCAGAGCUGCCUGGAUGCGUACGACUGCGCUACGUGGCCAGGCGCUGGAGCAUAUGAGCUGCAGACAUUUUGGUGGGGAACACUCGAUCUGCAUGCCUACCCUUUUGGAGUGAGUCCUAAAGGGUACAUCAUAUACACUGACGGCCAUGUCUUCGUGCACCUUUGUGACCCGCUAGUGGAUUCUGCAAAGCCCUUGGCGGCAGCGCACUCGCACGCAUUUUACCAUGGCACUUAUGAUGUUGAGAAUGGGGCGGUGUUCCACAACAUUGAGAUGUCCAACAACCCUAAUGAUCAUGCUGAUGUUCUCGGCAGAUAUUUUCACUGGCAAGAAGAGGGGCGUAAGCUGACCCUGUCAACUCAGCCAGAUUCGAUGCGCGCUGCGGGAGGCACGUUAAUUUGGCAGCGCUUGCCCGAUUGCGGUGGCAAUCAUCAGAGUGCCCUUGAAGGAGCCUGGAGACUGGUCACUGCCACAGACAUUGAGCUGACAUUGGGGAUGCUGGUGAUCAGAUGUGGUAAGCUGAUGCUUCAGUUGCAAAAGCCUGAGCGUCCGAGUUUGCCCGAUGUUGAUCCGGAGCAUGUCCAGGAAUGGGAGUUUCAAUGGGCGCAUGCUUUACAGACCGAGGAUCGAGAUGACCG